AUGGGUAGUUGUUGGAGCCUUUGUAGAGGCAGUUUAUGGAAACAAAGUUCUUUUCAUGAACGUACCGCUUUAUUGCAUUCAGAACACGUUUCUUCCAAUUGCUCCUGUUGUUCUCAACAGGCCCUUUCAGCUGUUGAUCCGUGCCAAGAUGAACAAGAAAUUCUUUCUAAAAUUGUUUUACGUACGUCUGAGCGAUUGAUUGAUAUGUAUACAUUAAUAUCAAAGAAACCGUCAUUUCCUGAUGCAUCAGUUCGUCAAUCAGAUGAUUUAAAACGAUUAGAGCAGUUAGCUGCACCUGAAAUGCAAACUUUUAACGGCUUGAUUGGUGUUAGUAUGACACGUAAAGAGUGGGAACUUAUAGAAGGUGUUUCCAAGCUGGUAAAUCAGGCAAUACUUCAAGCAAAGGAUAUUAAAGAUGUUGGCCAUGUCCUUGUUAAGCUUGAUAAAUUUGAAGAAACAUAUUGA